AUGAUCUAUCUAUCUAUCUAUCUAUCUAUCUAUCUAUCUAUCUAUCUAUCUAUCUAUCUAUCUCAGAAUGUUCAUUAUCUAUGUUCAUUUUUAUCUAUCUUGCUAUCUCCCUACAUCGCUAUCUUUAUUUCUAUCUAUCUAUCUAUCUAUCUAUCUAUCUAUCUAUCUAUCUAUCUAUCUAUCUAUCUAUGUCGCAAUCUUUAUUUAUAUCUAUGUGGCAACCUUUAUUUAUAUCCAUCUAUCUAUGUCGCAAUCUUUAUGUCUAUCUAUCUAUCUAUCUAUCUAUCUAUCUAUCUAUCUAUCUAUCUAUGUCGCAAUAUUUAUAUCUAUUUAUGUCGCAAUCUAUCUAUCUAUCUAUCUAUCUAUCUAUCUAUCUAUCUAUCUAUCUAUCUAUCUAUCUAUUUCUCUAUGUCACAAUCUUUCUUUCUUUCUUUCUUUGUUCAUUUCUAUCUAUGUUCAUUUCCACUAUCUAUAUAUGUUCAUUUUCUAUCUAAUAGAACCCCUCCAUCUAGGACGUUGGGAUUAGUUAUUCACUUCUCCUCUCUCUUUAUCCCUCCCUAUCUAUCUAUCUAUCUAUCUAUCUAUCUAUUUUAUAUAAAAUAA